UUGUUCCUUUUCAGUCAACUAACUCUUCAUCAAUAAUAAAUCUAAAAUUGAAGGAAGCCUCAUCACCAUAAGUGAUUUCUGAUCCAAGUCUCUGAGAAGUAUGGAAGAAGUGAAGCUACUUGGAACUUAUACAAGCCCAUUCAAUAGGAGAGUCAUGUGGGCUCUCAAACUGAAAGGAGUACCAUUUGAAUACAUACAAGAGGAACUCUUCACCAACAACAAGAGUGAAUUGCUUCUCAAAUCCAAUCCAGUUUAUAAGAAAAUCCCAGUUCUUAUUCACAAUGGAAAACCAAUCUCUGAGUCCACCGUAAUCCUCGAAUACAUCGAAGAGACAUGGCCGGAGAAUCCAUUACUCCCUAAAGAUCCUUAUGAGAGAGCCAUAGCUCGUUUCUGGAUUAAAUUUUUGGAAGACAAGACCCCAAUUAUAUAUGCUUUCUACCUGUCUGUUCCGGGGGAAGAACAGGACAAGGCAAUAAGGGAUUGCUUGGAAAUGUUGAGAACAAUUGAAGAACACGGUCUUAAGGAAGAUAAGAAGAAGUUUUUCUGCGGCAAUAAGAUCGGUUUAACAGAUUUGGUUUUUGGAUGGAUGGCUUACCAGUGGGAAGUGAUGGAAGAGAUUGUAGGGGUGAAGUUGAUGGAAGCCAAUAGCUUUCCAAGACUGCAUACAUGGGCUGAGAACUUCAAGUCAGUCUCUGUGAUCAAAGAGAACCUUCCGGAUCGUGAUAGACUCAAAGCUCAUACCAAAUGGCGAAGGGAGAUGCUUAUUGGUGAAGCUUGA